AUGCAGAUUUCUCAGCCUUCGCUGCUGCGAUCGUUGGAGGGAGUAGCGAAUGCUACGAAAUCCUCAGAAUCCGAAACUAUAUCGAUCCGAGCAUGGAUCACAUCAAACAAUGAUCCGGAUUGUUCAUCCUUCGAGGACUGGAAGUUAUCUCUCGAUACCGCCUCAAAACAAUACAUAAAGGGGGACAGACAGUUUCAUAUUGCGAGCUUAACUCUCUUGGUGUCCUUCCUGAGAGAGUCUUCCCGCCAUGAUCAAGUAGUGUCGCCCAGUGAUCUGAGCCAGUGCUGGGACAUGGUGCGCAAUGCCGCCAUGUUCGACGACGGGGCUUCUCGUGGUCUCUUUACUGCCUCUCGCAGUGCACAGGGCUUUCUGGCAAUUCCGCUAUGUAGCCUGGUCAAAGACGGCAACCUCGACGAACUGAUUCGUGUCCAUGUUUGGAUGCCAGACGGGAUGCGAGGAAAUCCCGACUUCGCAGUUCAUUCUCACCAGCCUUUCGCCCAGAGCUGGAUUCUCGCGGGAGAAGGCUUGGAUCACUCAUACGAGGUUGAGCCUGUCACUAACACAAACGACGCGACGCAUGCCAAAUUUGCUCUUGCAUGGAGUGGAAGUGACGCUCAGUCUAAAAGUCACGACAAGACUUACACGGCGCAUCAGACCUACUCCAUCGUCGAAAACACAGGCGAGCUUCGUAAGGCAACCGAAAUUUCGUCCGAAUUACACGAGACAAACACAACGUACUCCAUACCAGCAGCUGCAUUCCAUAGGUCAGAAGUGAGCCCCGACAGCUUACACGCUACAUUCUUCUUUUUCGAUGCCCAUCGCGGGUUUGUCAAAGAUGCUGGCGUCCUAGGCCCCCCCAAAGGAGACUCUUUCAAGCAGUACCGAGACCCAGCGGGUAUCACUGCCUUGGAGCUCAUUCAAGCGGUCGACGCUGUACGUUCAUGGGAGGCUUUGAUGGAGGAAGGACGGAAACAUGCGCAGAAAACCGACUGGGAAGAUGCUCUCCGAGCUUUCAACAAAGCUAUCAGCCUCUGCUCCCCCGAGAAAGCCUUCCCGAACGCGAACCUCUACGAGCAUCUCGUAUUGGGCGAGAUAGGCUGCACGAACCGCAGAUUUGGCAGAUACGACGCUGCCAGGGCCUACUUGGAGAAGGCAAUCAGCGGCUUGAGGCCUUGCAUACAGCGAGUCGAGUUCAGCGGAGAGCUGGGAGUGACGUAUCGGCACGCGGGGCUUCUCGAAGACGCAGCCGCCGCUUUCACGCAACAAUACGAGACUGCUGAAGAGCUCGGAUCUGAGCGGGAAAUAUGCCGAGCCAUUGGCAACAUGGGGAUGGUCAACUUUCAAUUGUCCCAGCAGAAAAACGACAGCGAACUACUGGAUCUUGCCAUUUCGCAACUUCGAGAAAGAGUAGACCGCGCAGAAAGCUUGUUGAAGUCAAUUGGCAAGGAGCCUAGCAGCGCAAGUUCUAGGCGCUGGUCGAAUGUUGCUGCGACAUGGAAGACGAUUGGGCUAUGUAGGCUCUCGAUCUGUCAUUAUGCUCGUGGGGACGUUCAAGAGGCCAUAGAGACCUCAAAAGAGGCUCUGCAGAUGACCAGUACCUCGAACGAUGCCACUGUCAAGGCCAUGACGCGAUUCUUCCACGGAAGAGCGUUGCUAAUGGCGGAACGGCGGAAAGAAGCACAGAGUCUCUUCAACGUGCCGGAGACGUGCUCACCCGCCAUUGCCUUUGCCAAGGAACCCUCGGAGGAACAUCGCGGAUAUCUGCAAGAGCUAGUUGACCACGGAGCAAACUUUGACAUUGUUGAUGAACAAGGGUACACAGCAAUUGACUAUGCUGUGUUCAACGGAGAUGAGUUGGCGGAGAGUAUCAUCUUGGAAGGCUUGCGGAAGAACGCCGAAGAUGGGAUCAAAGAGCGACGAGCUGAAGCUAGGCUUCGCAAGGGAUAUCGCGAACUGUUCCAGGAACGACUUCGACCCGUGCUAGUGGGUGGUGGACCAGAUGUGUUGUCUGAGUUGCGAAAGGCGUAUGCCCUUGCGCUUGAGACUGACGCGGCAAAGAGGAGCAGGUUCGAUGUGCUCAAGUUCAUGUGGUUCUCUGACUUUUGCAACUUUGGCAAACUCCCUCGGUCGAGCGAUGGCUCGGUCCGCGAAUUCAAUUCCGCGUCGUCAAACGCUCAAGAGCCCGAGAUCACAGCUGAGAAAAUGAUCUUCAUUUCCUACCGAUGGAUCAACAAGGACACCGAAUCUAAUUCGCCCGACGAUGCAAAGCAUACUCAGUAUCGACGUAUGCUAAGCGCGAUCGAGGAAUAUCUGGAGCUGAACCCCACGGUCAACAGGAAGACACUGGGCAUAUGGAUGGACUUUGCUUGUGUUAACCAGGACGACCCGGAUGCAGGAGUCGCUGCUCUUCCUAUGAUUAUCGCUCAGUGUGACGCGAUGAUUAGCCUCUAUGAUGAUGAGUACUAUGAUCGUGCUUGGUGCGCAGUAGAAGUCAUGAUGGCCGAAACUCUGAGGUCUGCCUACGGAAUCCAUCAAUGGUACGAGCAUGUUGGAGGCAGCGGGGAGAAUACCUUGGGCAAAGGGCUGAGAGUGGCUAAGGAUCGAGGGUUGGGCAUGAAGAGCAAGAGGCUCACUUUCGAAACGGACAGGCCCAAGGUUCUGUUUCUAGAAAGGCAAAGCAAACUGUUGAGAUAG